UUCUUCUCUCUCUAAUCAAAUAUCUUCUGGGUUACUUUAUUUUUACUUUAGCGAAUUAGCUUCAUCUUCUUAUUACGGAGCAUUUUAAAUAUCAUGCUUGCUAAAUAAAUAAAUAAUUAGGUGAUAGUUUACAUUGUGUGGGUUUUUCUGGAUUUGAUUUCAGUUUUUCCUUUUGUUUAUGUUCCUCCAUUUUACUGUUACAUACCAACUACGGAUAUUAUACUGUUUCUUAAAUAUACAUGCUCAAUACCGUCGUUAUAUGGAGUACGGAGUAUGUGUUUCAGAUUAUUUCCUGAUUCAAUAUAUUCUCUACAUAUGCAAAGAUUAUCUGGGUUUAUUUUUCCAGUACUUGAUAUUCUGUUCAUCUGUGUACUCAAAUUGGAUUCUUAAACUUAAUGCAGUACAUUUCUUGGGAAAGUGGAAUGUUAUUAGUUAUUACAGUACGGAGUAAUUGAAUAUACCUUUUUUGUGUAUGAACAAAAUCGAGUUCGUAGAUCAUUGUAAGUUUUUUUUCUUGAUUUUUCCAUCAGAUCAAUUAUGGCUGAAAUUUUUAUCUUUAAACAAAAUAAAAUGUGGUAUGCAAUUAUAAGUAGGGGCAAGGUUUUGAUUGAACUUUUUAACUUAUUGAUUAUAAUUAUGUAAAAACCAUUAGAAUUGUUCAGUACAUCUGUGAGUAUUUUAGUACUAACUUUCAUUGCUUACUUGUCUUGUUGCUCAAUGGUUUUGGAAUGGAACCUCAUUGAGGUCGAUAUACUAGACUGCUUUUGGGGCCACAAUUUAGUUUGAUCACAACCAGUCACCUGCUUGUGCUUGCUCCAAUUCACUGGCUGGUUUUUGUUGAUACAUAAUGAUUUUGUUUUGCUUUCAACUCUGGUAGGACUGCUGGAGUCCAUUGUAAAAACUAAUUUCUAAAACCAGGCUCAAUUAAAAAUAUUGAAAUAGAAUAGGGGUAGGGGCUGUAAUGUAAGUCCUUUCAGUUCUAAAUUCUGAGAGUUUUUUCAGAUGGAAUGCUUUUCACCUUUUGUGCCAUUCACUUGAUAUACAGCAAAUAUAGUAAUUUGUUUCACACACUCUUUAAUUAGCUAAACAAAUUUUGGUUGAUUGAAAAAUGGAAGGUUACAGCCCGGUUAGAUUAUUUGCAAAGUAUGUUACCAAUCAGUUACCUUAGUUCCUCAUUUCAAGAAAAAAAUUCCUGGAAAUCUUUGGCUGUUGCAAUUAAUUAAGACACCAACCUUUGACCAUGAUUUUCCUCUGAUCUAUGAAGUAUUCUAUAUCAUUAUUGGCAAUAGAUCAGUACUGACUACUGAACACUAAAUGCAUGUCUUAUCUUUAUUUUUAGUUUAUAUAGGCCAAUUUGCAGCCUCAGAUUUCUCUUAUCGUACAGAGUUCUUCUUCUAAAAGUGUGAGAGUUAUGCAGGAAUGGGGAAGUGUGGAAUUAAGUGCAAGAGCAACCUAUUUCUCUAAUGUCCUCAAGGGGAAAAUGCUCGACCGAGGUGAUCUUGAUCUAAAUUCUGUUCAAAGCUCAAGAGAUUUAUUUAAGGAGACAAUGCUAGACCAAGAGCUUGUUUUUAGGAGACAGGACAUGUUAACUCCACUUGUGAAUCAUUUUCCACUACUUUUUCUUCAGGUCUUUGAACUUCAUGAACUCUACAGAAAACAAACAGCUAUAAUGGAGAACUUAAAACAGAAGGGUUUAGAUAACUACAAUUUGCGUAAAGGAGGCUUGACUCCAGUGCCCGUAAACCAGAUCAAUCAAUUAAAAUGUUCAAUGGCGGAAUACAUGCAAUUUGAAAAAUUCAGUUUGGAUUGCGAGUUACAGAAACAGCCUCCUGUGUCUAUGUCUAUGCAGAAACCACUUGAUCUUCAACUUUCAGCUGAUGAAUUCAUUAGCCAAUGUGAUAAUUCUUCUAGACAGGAGGAAAUUUCUAAGAAUUAUUCUCAGAAUAAAGCAGUUUUCGGAUUAUUAAUUACAUGUGAAUUCUCUCUUUGAAGGAAAACAAAAUUAGAAUUAAUUUGGAAGUUUAUUUGUUUUGUUAGAAAACUCCAAUCUAUCAAGAAUAUCAGAAUCUGAUAAAUCAAACUAUAAUACGAGUAUCUGCAUUGAAAGAAACAUUUAUUUAGGGAAACAAAAUAUCAAACAAUCAUAUGAUUCAUGAACAUCCUUCAAAUUCGAUUCUUGAAUCGGAUCGUAGAAUGAAUUUGGUUCAUUGGCAAUUAGAUAGAACUGGUUGAAUUUGUUUAAUUUGGAAGUAUUUGAAAUGGGUGAUGUUAUGCGUUUCCUGAUAAUUAGGUGUUCUGAAUGGUCGUCAAGGGUAAGGGUUAUUUACAGACACUAUUUUCAUGUGUCGAGAUACUCUUGUCAUUCCUCAAAGUUAAGACAUCAGUCCUUCCAGCAGCCGAGGAGGCAGGAACUAUCUGGACAGAUCGUUUUGGUUUCACGAAAAUGACAGUUGACCAGGUGCUGCAUGUUUAUGCAUUUUCAGCAUCAUUCUUGUAUUGUUUGACAUUCAGGUAAUAUUGCAUAUUUGUCCUGCAGAUUUCUGACAUGAAGGUAAACUUGUGGCCAUUAGUAUGGUUCCACAGAACCUCUAUGCUUUUAGUUGAAAUUCCCCAAUAUUAUUAGGAAACCCUUUUUGUUACAGCUCAAAUAGUUAGGGUCUUGAAUACAAAUUAUCGAUCCAAAAUCCGAAAUAAUAUGAGAUAAAUUACUCUACCAACUGAAUUAGAUGAACUGAAUAUGUAUUGGUCUUAUGCAGGUGCAUCCUGAAGCUGCACCUUACAGAAAGUAUGGAUGUCCACUUUAUGAUGAUCUAUGCAAAAUAUUAAAGCCCAUAGCUACUGAAAAGUAUGCUUUCUCACCUGGGAUGAUUACUCCAGUCACUAGCUCUACUUCACCAGGCAACAACAACAAACGUAAAUCCUCUCAACCAUUGGGUUCAGAUUCUGGGGAAAGAAUAUCAUCUCAAAAUACAGGGGUAGGCAGCAAAACCAAUCAAGUUGCAACUUCAAGGCCAAAUGAGAAAUGCAUCAACUACUCCUUGCAACACUAUGUCAGACUUGUACCUAUUAUAGUAGUUGGAUAUCAUGUAACAAACCACCUUAGAGUGGUUUGAUUUAGGGAAUGUUGGCCCAAUAAUUUUGUAGACAUUAACAAACUACCUUUGGUUUGAUUUAGGGAAUGUUAAUCCCUUAAUUUUGUAAACUUUAUGAUAUAACUAAGUGUUUGUGCAUAGUAAAUAAGUUCUUACUCCAUA